AGUAGUCUGGCUCUGUCGCGCCAAUACACAAGAGCGGUAAAGAUAGAUAUCUACGAACGUUUCGUUUCGUGAGCGUUUGUGCCAUUCGGAUACGCACACUGGAAUACCUACAUUACUAACAUACUUAUUUUGUGAAACGAGUUUAUAAAAAAUCUUCAUCACACCUAAAUUAAAGAAAAGCCCACAAAAUGUUGGUGUGUGUUUGCAAAUAAUACUUAGUACCUACAUUACUACAGAGGCCGAGGCGAAAGGGGUUGCAGGGCGAAGACAUAAUUAUAAUACGAGCGAAGCGAGGCGAGAGUACUAUGACUUGUACAGGUCUGACACAUUGGGCACCGUAAUGAUCGUCCUAGAACUGCUGUGGACUCUUAUCAAAGUGUAUGCGGAGAAUAUUCGAUGCAUCUACAAGGUGUUCAUUCCGGAUGAGCCUAAGGAGGUCCGAGGAGAAAUAGUUCUUAUUACCGGCGCGGGCCAUGGAAUCGGCCGAGAGAUUGCGCUGCGCUUCGGAAAACUGGGCGCCACUGUAGUGUGCGUGGACGUCAACGCCAAAGGCAACGAGGAGACUGUUCAGAUGAUCAAGGAUAAUGGCGGGAAGGCGUUUAAUUUCGAAUGUGACGUAUCGAACCGAGCUGCAGUCUUCAGUCUCGCAGACAAGGUCACCAAAGAAGUGGGAGAGGUGACGAUUCUGGUCAACAAUGCUGGGGUCAUGCCGUGCCAGCCUUUCUUGAACUGGACUGAGCAGAACAUCACCUCCACUCUUAACAUCAAUGUUGCUGGGAACCUUUGGACCCUCCAAGCAUUCCUGCCAGCAAUGAAGAAGCGGAACCAGGGUCACAUCGUGACUCUCUCGUCCAUGGCAGGCCACAUCGGCACCAGUAACUUGGUGCCGUACUGUGGGACCAAGUUCGCGGUCCGUGGCAUCAUGGAGGCUCUGGAAAACGAGCUGUAUGAAGAGACUGACGGCAAAAGCAAUAUCAAAUUCACAACCAUCUGCCCCUACACCGUGAACACGGGGCUGGCCAAGAACCCUCGUAUCCGUUUCCAGAAAGCGAACAAGGUGGUAGACGCAGGGGAGGCGGCGGAGCUUAUCGUGGAUGCAGUCAGGCGGAACCAGUGGACCAUCACCAUUCCUGGCCACUUAUACUAUGCAGAAAGGUUCUUCACACGUUUCCUGUCUCCACCUGCUGUCAGGAUUCUCCACAAAUUCAUCGGUGCUGGCGUAAAUCCUCACGCCGACUAAAAACAAUUUUAAUAUAACCAGGGGCGGCUCACUCCGCGAUUCUAUCACCGCGCUACAAGUACAUGCUAGCGGCCGCGAGUUCGCGGCCUAAUCAGGGGUGGCGCGCGUUCUCACGGAACGCACGUUCGUACUUUCUAUUGUUACUUUACGUCACGAGUUUUUUAAAGGUUCAUAUGCGAUGUCCGCAUGUGGAAUGACUAAUAAUGCUUAGUUAAAUAGACAUCAUGAAUAAAAUCGGAGAAUUUUACACAUAUCUCCUAUUGAUUAUGUCCCACGGAAAAGUUCAAUAAGGCUUGUGAUGUUGGGACUUACAAAAAUAUAUAAAUACUGUAUAUAUACCUAGAGAGUACUCAAAGCUUGACUAUAAUAGUAUAACAUUUUAUCUGAUAUU